AUGUCUUUGUCCUCCAGCACUUCUACCCCAGAAGAUGAUGAUUCAACAUUUUAUAUGUCAACAGGAUCAUUAAUUUCAUCAACAAAUGAUGAAUAUUCAACAACUGAAAGUGAUUCAACUUCUACAACAAAAGUAGAUUCAUUAAUUUCUGGCAAACUUAAAAAAUACUUGAAAAAGUACAAUUUAGAAUUUUUUAAAAAUGGUUGUACUAAUAAAUUUAUUGAUUUAAGUAAUCUUCCAGAAGUUGAUCCUAGUAGUGAUACUCAAUUGUUUUACUAUGAAAAAAAUUUUGUUUCAAAAAACCAAAUGGAACAUUUAAUGGAUAUAAAAGCAGAAGAACAAAAACAUUCAAUGGAUUUAACAAAUUAUGAAAUAUUAGAUAGUUGUGAUGUAAUGAAAAAAGUAGCUAAUCGAAAAGAUUGUAGUACAUGUCAUGAAAAUUGUGAAUCUUGUCAUAUAAGUCAUGCAAAAAAGUGGUAUGAUAAGUUAAAUGUUUCCUCAAAAAAAGAUAAUUCUCAAAUAAGUGAUAGUGAUUCAUUAACAUUCAAAUCUUCUUUUAAAGAAAAAUACUAUACAAGUUUAUAUUGUCAUCCAUAUAAUUUAUCAAAAUAUGGUAGUAAUCUAUUUACAACUUAUAAAAAUAUAGAAAAAGAAGCUCAAAAUUCUAGAUUGACAAAAUAUAGAAAAAUUUUAGUUGAUGAUGAAUUUGAAUUUGUUGAUGAUUCUCAAUCCAUUUAUAAAGAAAAUAAAAAAAAAGUAAAAAAAAUAAAUAAAUUAUAA